AACAGCAGCGGACGCUGUUAGCUAGCAUCUAGUAAGCAGAAACCUUUGCUUGUGUAUUAUUAUUUAUAUUAUUAUAAUCAUCAUAUAUUCAUGCCAUUUCACAGACUUAUUAUUCAGAGUCUUAGUUAUUCCGUGACUUAUCUUGAAGUCGUUUUGUGUUUUUUGUAGUUAUAUUAUACACAGCUCCACUGUAGCUUUAGCUGUGAGCUAGUCAUGGCAGGCAGCAGUGUAGCACAGAAGACCUGGGAGCUCUCGAACAGCAUCCAGGAAGUCCAGAGCAUCGACGAGAUCUACAAAUAUGACAAGAAACAGCAGCAGGAGAUCCUCGCAGCCAAACCCUGGACAAAAGACCAUCAUUACUUUAAAUACUGCAAGAUCUCAGCGCUGGCUCUGCUGAAGAUGGUGAUGCACGCACGUUCCGGAGGGAACCUGGAGGUGAUGGGGCUGAUGCUGGGGAAGGUGGACGGAGAGACCAUGAUGAUCAUGGACAGCUUUGCUCUGCCAGUGGAAGGCACUGAGACCAGAGUGAACGCCCAGGCUGCGGCAUACGAGUACAUGGCGGCUUAUAUAGAGAAUGCCAAACAGGUUGGACGAUUGGAGAACGCCAUCGGAUGGUACCACAGUCACCCGGGGUACGGCUGCUGGCUGUCAGGGAUCGACGUCAGCACUCAGAUGCUCAAUCAGCAGUUUCAGGAGCCCUUUGUUGCAGUGGUGAUUGAUCCUACACGUACCAUAUCUGCAGGAAAAGUCAAUCUUGGAGCUUUUAGAACGUAUCCAAAGGGCUACAAACCUCCAGACGAGGGUCCUUCAGAGUACCAGACCAUACCUCUUAAUAAAAUCGAAGACUUUGGUGUGCACUGCAAACAAUAUUAUGCACUAGAAGUGACAUAUUUUAAGUCCUCUCUGGAUCGUAAACUCCUCGAGCUCCUCUGGAAUAAAUACUGGGUUAACACUUUGAGUUCAUCAAAUCUACUCACUAAUGCAGACUACACGACGGGGCAGGUGUUCGAUCUGUCCGAGAAGCUGGAGCAGGCCGAGGCGCAGCUGGGUCGAGGAAGCUUUAUGCUCGGCUUGGACACCCACGACAGGAAGUCUGAGGACAAACUGGCCAAGGCUACACGAGACAGCUGCAAAACGACAAUUGAAGCGAUUCACGGCUUGAUGUCCCAAGUCAUCAAAGAUAAGCUCUUCAAUCAAGUCAACACGUCCGCCAACUGAAAGUGUCAUUGCCUUAAACGUGUGUGCGAUGUUGCACAUGCUUACAGGCACGCUGAUCUAACCGUCUUCACUUAUUAAUAGAUAAAUAAAUAUUAUAAAUAUC